AUGGCUCUUCAAACGAAGGCCGCAAAGCUGUCCUCAGUCGCUCUGAGGAUAAGCGCUCUCAUAUUCUUCAGACUUUUCCCAGCACAUUUCCCUUCCAUCGCGUUUGCGCUUUUUGCAAUCUAUGUUCCUUCUUACAUUUCGAGCUACUUCGCUCAGCCAGAGAUUGGAGUUAUCGAGGAUGAAGUCGACGUCACUGUCAAAGAGUCCACAGUCACCUCUGAAACUCCAUUAUUAACAGAGGAUGGUGUGGCAGUCGCACCUGAGGCUGAGGUUGUCGCCGAAGUUGUUGACAUUAAGGAGAAGCUUACUGUUGGAGAGAAGGUUCCCAGUAUUGCAAACAUCCUCUUGUCCGGAGCUCCCAGUGCUAGGCGCCCAAUUGCGUCGUUCUUCACCUUCCUCAUCAACGCCAUUCUUAUCGGCUUGACGGCUGAUGCUUUGUUUCGUGCAAGGUGGUAUUAUCCGUCUGAUGAUCUUUCUUUUGUUAGACUCGGAUAUGUGUCACCAUCAGAGGCGAGGUUCGUCAUUCGCGAGCCCGAUCAGUUGCAAAUGCCCAUCACAUUCGAAUAUCACAUCAAGGAUGAUGAGCCGACCUAUGACACCAAGAUUUGGCUCACUGCAGGCUACGUCACUUCGACAGACAACGGCACCGAUUUUACCACAACUCUUACAGUGCCUCUUGACUCCGCGAAGCAGAACAUCUACGAGUGGAGGACUUCCAACAACCACACCGGCGAGUUUCGCUCUGCUCCCAAGGUUGGAGAGAUGCCGAACACCAAGGAUGGCCUUUUUACCUUCCUGUCCACGUCUUGCAUUCUUCCACGAUUUCCCUACAACCCUAUGGAACAUGCUUUGGCUAUCCCUGGCCUGAGGAAUCUUGCAGGUCUACUUCCUAAGUUGGAUCCUCAGUUCAUGCUCUUCCUUGGCGACUUCAUCUAUGUUGACGUCCCUGAACGUUUUGGGAAAACGAUUGACGAGUAUCGCAUGCAAUACCGCCAAAUCUAUGCUUCACCUGACUGGGCCCCUGUUGCACAGAAUCUGAGCUGGAUUCACGUGCUCGAUGACCAUGAGAUCUCCAACGAUUGGUCUUCUAACACAACUGGCAUCUACAGCGCGGCUGUUGACCCUUGGCACAUCUACCAAGCCAAUGUCAACCCACCGAUUUCUGAAGCUGCAGGUUCUCUCAACCUGAGACGCAAUGCCACAUGGUACGAGUUCACCCAAGGACCUGCCACCUUUUUCAUGAUGGAUACCCGCAGCUAUCGUUCCAGCAACAACGCCCCUUUCAAUGCCACAGACAAGACCAUGCUAGGCAAGGAGCAAUUGGCUGACCUUUUGGCAUGGUUGGAGCGUCCUGUUCCUCAAGGAGUUCGAUGGAAGUUCAUUGCUUCUUCUGUUCCUUUCACCAAGAACUGGCCUAUCAAUGUGAAGGAUACCUGGGGUGGUUUCCUUGCUGAGAGAAAGCAAGUCCUAGAAGCUAUGUGGGAUUCUGGUGCUAGAGGCGCCAGUGUCGUUAUCCUCUCUGGAGAUCGCCAUGAAUUCGCCGCAACCAGAUUUCCACCCCCAACUGACUCGCGAUGGCCACAGUCCGCUGCUGCUCACGAGUUUUCAACAAGUCCUUUGAACCAAUUCGCUUCUCCAUUCCCAACGUACAAGCAGACAGACGAUGAUAUUAUGAUGAAGUAUAUCCCUGGAGGCAAGUCGAAGUUCGGAUCCUUUUCUAUUGAGAAAUUCGAAAACGGUGGGAGUUCACUGCACUACACUCUUUACAUCGACGGAAAGGAAACCUGGAAGAAAACGGUGGAGGCUCCGGAUGCGCCUGAAGCAGUUCCUGUUGAGACGGUCGUACCCCCAUCACUAUGGGACAAGCUCAGCAAGUUCUUUUAG